AUGAGGAGGUCAUGCAGAGAUUACACACAAGUCUUCUAUGGGACACUAACCGUUGCCGCGGAGAUCAAAAUGCCUUGUAAGAAGUGGCAGCCGGGUGUGAAGGGUCACGUGGAGGAGCCCCCAGAGGAGUACGUGACGCCCGGAGGGUACGAGCUGGAGAAGAUCCUGAACCGCGGCUGUGUUGUUUACACCCGCGUCAACCAAGUCUGGGACAACGUCUACAUCGGAGACGAGGAGACGGCCAGGGACAAGUUGAAGCUGAAGGAGCUCGGCAUCACUCAUAUCCUGAACGCAGCCGAGGGGACGUGGAACUGCGUGGACACGGGAGCCGGUUACUAUAGCGACUUGGACGUUGUUUAUUAUGGGCUGGUUGCCGAGGACACCACCACCUUCGAUCUGAGCCAGUACUUCUACACAGCGGCUGAGUUCAUCCACAAAACUCUGAGCGAGCCGCAAAACAAGCUGCUGGUGCACUGUGUGAUGGGCAGGAGCCGCUCGGCCUCUCUGUUCCUGGCCUUCCUCAUGAUCCGCAGACGCAUGACGCUGGUGGACGCCAUCGAAGCUGUAAAAAGUCGCAGACGCAUCAUUCCCAACUGGGGGUUCCUCAAACAGCUCCGAGAACUGGACAUGAAACUGCAGGAGGAAGGAUCAGCCGGAGCAGAGCACUGUGAGGACUAG